GGUUGUGGAGGCCCGGCGGGUGUGAUGGCGUCCGCCCGGCGUGGCCGCCGUUGCGCUUUGUGCCUUUCCGGCCUGGUCGUGUUGUGUGUGGGCGUUAAAGGCGCCCGAAGCGAUUUGGCAGUGAGUGUCGAUGUGCUGUUCUGGACCCUCCUGUGCGGGUGAUGUCACAAUGAUGUGAUGACCUCACAGAGGCCCUGGGGUGGGGCAGGGGCAGUGGGUCAGCGCUGAACCUGCCUGCCUCAUUCUGCGGUUGGUUCUGGUCCAGCGAGGAGCUGUGCGAGUGGUGCAGCAAUGCGGGCCCAGUUUGCCAGCGGGACAUUAACAGAUCUGCAGCGUGUGAAUCUGCUGGAGGAGCUGCUGCAGGCUCAUGAGCGCGCCGUGGAGAAGCGCAAGGCUGAGGCCAGGGAAUCCUUGAUGAAGGAUGCCCAGCAAAUACGUGAAAAAAGAACGACUGCCACGAAAGAUGAGCUGGAUCAGGUAGGGUGGAGCGAGGGCCCGUCCUCAGAGCUCAGCGUCCUCACAGCUCUGGCUCUGCGGGAGGACCUCGGUCCCCGUCCCUCGGGUCCAUGGGGCCCAGUGCAGCCGCCCCACAUGGUACACACUUCGUCUUUGCAGGAGAAGCAGCUCAUUGCCCAGCUGGAACAGCAGCUGCAGGCUGGGAGAAAGGAGAUCAAGGUAGUGUGGAGGGGCGAGGGAAUCGGGGCUGCCCGCCCCUGCAUGGGGACCUGGAGGACAUCUGCAGCGGGCACGGGCACUCACGCUUUUGUCUGCCAGGUGCUGCGCCAGGAAAAACAGCGCCUGCAAGAGGAGCGGGAGGAGCUGGAGUUGAAGAGAGCCUGGCAGCAGCAUCAACAGCAGCUGGAGGCAGCCCACGUGCCUGGGGCUGUGCUGCCGGAGCUGGUGGAGGCAGAGCUGGAGAAGGCUGAGCAGGCGAGGAGACGUGGGCUUGUCUUCUGGAUGAGGUGAGUAUCCCCCAUUGCCCUGUGCCCAGCCGGCAGCAGCCGGGCUCCCGGCAGUGGGCUGAUGGCCUGGACCCUGCUGCAGCCAGCGGGUCUUGUCCCCUUUGACGCUGUAUGCGGCUGUGCUGCCGUGGGGUCGGGACGCCUCAUUCCUGGCCCUCUUUUGCCCGCCAGAACGAUGUGCUUCAUCUUUGUCAGCCUCCAGCUGCUGCUUUUUGCCGUGCUGGGCUCUGCAGUGCUGUACGCCCAGCACUAUGACCAGGAGCUGUUGUAUCGGCUCCUGCUGCGAGUGCUGCCCCGAGCAAUGUACGCCUCCCUGGCGUACUUUGCGAGCAGGAGCCUGCGUGUCGUCUGUGAUGGGCUGCUGCCCAUCUGACCGCCCCUCUCAGUCCCCCCUCCCAGCCUGGGGCUGCGCGGUGGGGCGCGGCGAGAGGGCUCUGUCCCCACGAAAGGGGCCUCCCCUGUGCUCCUGCCCCCAGGGGCGCACAGGCACAGCUGUGGGGCAGUGCCGGCAGGCGGCUGAGUGCUGGGACUUUGGACUUACAAAUAAGUUGGUACUGUCGUCGUCAACUGAACACCACCACCUCCGACGACCCAUCAGACUGAAGAUGUGCACCUGACGCCAGGACGUGGCUUCUUGGAUUCUUUGAGUCUUCGUAGCAGCCAUUUCCUUCAGCUGGUUACCUGUAAGGCUUAUGAAUUGUCAUUAGCCCAUUAGGCAACGUUACCUCCAGUGGGCUGUUGUCAGUUGUUAAGAACGCUGUCAAUAAAUGGAUGUGUAU